UUCAAUAAAGGUGUGGUCAUGUCGUUAUAGCAACCACCAUACAAAUGGCCACCGUUACCACCUCCCCUAUCUCUCCUCGGGUCGACUCUUCUUCGCCCUUAGCCGAAGAGAAGAAGAUAAGAGAGCUUACAAAUCAAGGAGGGGAUGCUCUAAAGUCUGGGCAGAUGAAAGAGGCGCUGUCUCAUUUCCAAACUGCUCUGAGCGUAUCAGAAUCAAUACCAGACAACCCAAGACUCAAGCUAUCUUGUUUAUUGAAUACAGGGGCAGCGUUAGUUACCACAGGAGAACACCAGAGAGGCAUAUCCCUCCUCCAGUCCGCCCUCUCCUUGUUAGACUCGAUCCCAAACAGACAAACGGAUCCUCAUACCCUUGAAAACGGUAUCUCAUCAAAUGGAGGAGACCUUACAUCGAACACAUCACCUGACCUCACCCGUGGUGACAUAUACUACAAUCUUGGUCUAGCGAAUGACUCCCUGGGGGAGUUCUCACUAGCGUCCACCCAAUUAAAGCAAUCUGUUGAUUAUUAUGUAAAAGCUGGAGCCUUUGCUUCUGCUGGUGAUGUUUUUGUUGUCAUCUCCUCAAGAGAGAAAGAGCGGAGAAAUUUUAAAGAGCAAAUCACUUGCUUGCUCUCAGCUCAAAGGCUUUACCAAGAUUCAGGGGAACAGAGUAAAGAAAUAAUGACUCUGACUGAUCUUGCAAUCGCUUAUCAGACUGGAGGAAAGAGAGAGGAGUGUAUCCAGUCACUAACAAGAGCUAAGAUAAUGGGACUCAGACUGGACGAUCCUAAAGCACAGAGUCAAUUGUAUACACGAUUAGGACUAGUAUACAGCUCUUUAAAAUUAUUCUCCGACGCCAUACAAAGUUUUGAGAGAGCACUACCUCUUCUAAGACUAGCUAUCAAAGACAGAGAGGGACAGCUAGAGGAGGAGGCGCCAUUGCUACAGAAUAUAGGAGCAGUGUACAAUGAAAUGGGACAGUACGUGGAGGGAAUCAUGUACCACAAGACAGCUGCUAGCCUAUACAAUCAAUUAGGGCAGCCAGUCAAUGAAGCAAAGUGUCUGUGUAAUCUUGCUCUCUGCCAAACUCAAUUACAAGAGUAUCCUUUAGCCCACCAGUCCUUCACUACAGCACUGUCACUGGCGCAAUCAGAGACAAACAACCCACUGGCUUUCCAAGCUCUCGAGGGACUUGGGUCUCUGUCUUAUCAGACAAAGAACUACGAGGAAGCUAGAAGAUGUUUCAAUGAAGCUUUGGAGCUCUUGGAUUCAAUGAGAGGCGAAGACACAGGACUAGCAAGAGAGAGGGUCAUGGAAAAGCUCUCGCACGUCACGGAAACACUACAAAAAGGACCAGAAGAUUUAGAAGAGGCUGACGCUAACUUCAAGAAUAGAGAAAGACAGCAGUCACAUUCAAGACAUGACUCCCAAUUAAUGCCCAUCCCACUGACGCCAAGAAAUACCGUGAGGUUCUCAGAGGACAGGGUCUUCUCUCAAUCGCAUCAAAACUCCACCACACCUCAUAAAACCACGCCUCCUUACGUAUACCUGACUACACCUGGUUUCACUCCCAGUCAAAGACCAAGAUCAAUAAACGAGACUAAUCGAUCGUUACACUCGUCCACUCUAACCUCUCUCACUGCCACAAGUGACAGCUCACUAUUAAGUAACAGCGUCUUUGAGGAGCCAAACCACACCCAAUUUGGCUCCACCCAUCCACAAGGGGUGCUACCCACGUCUCCCGUGGUCACGCAAGGCUCUCUUGCACUUGGUCCUAACACUAAAGCUUUAUAUAGGGUAGAGAAACAAGAGGUGGUCGAAAAAAAGAAAAAGAAAGGAAGAACGAAAUCACAUCAGACCACACGCAUAGUACCAAUUGAUCCAUCCACAUCCACGCCCAUUCCAGACCGCACUCACAGUGCCCCACCCAACUCCACCCACUCGUCAGUUUGCAGGUUAUUAUGACAUGGAAAAAUA